UCAUUCUUUCAUGGAAUAUGUUGUCAUUGUGUUGUGAGGCGUGCUCCACAAGUUGCAUUCCAUUGCUUCCAUAUAAACUUCUGAACUGAGACUGAAAGGUAUUACAAGGAUUCUGUAAGCAGUUGUAGCCAUUGAUACAACUGUUUUGAUUGGCAAGGAUUUUUCACUUUGCAGUGACUCUUGGGCUUAAAACUAUCAAAAAGAGGAGAUCAUGACAAAGUCCCAAGCCAUACCUGCAACUCCCAAACAGUGGGGUUCUGUGAAUUCUGAAUGUAGAGGAUUAUUCAAGCAGAGUUCACCAGCCCAUACUUUUGUUGAGAUUGAUAGUCAUAGCUUCAAGGAGCUUGUGCAGAAACUCACAGGUUUCUCAGAGGAUUAUGAAGGACAAAAGCUCCCUGUGACCAUGGCUGCAAGAAGUUCAAAUAAAGGAUGUACAGUAGCAGCAACCAAAUCAGAUGGGGAUUGUUUUGCAGUGGUGAAGAAUGGGAUUGAAAUGGGUCCUCAGAAAUCAGCCCUCAACCUCCACAUAAGAAGACAUUUUAAAAGAAAAUUAGAGAUUAAGUUGGAUCGGACUGAUUCUCGUAGUACAAUUAGAUUGGCAGGUGAUACUGAGAUGUCAUCACCCAUGACUCUCCCAGCACUGGUUUCCAGUCCAAUCACUCCUCUAGGGAUUGCUGAGCCAUUUACUUCUUCAAGUUAUUAUCAGUGUUCUUCUACUCCGACUUCCUGUAAUCAAUCCUCAUAUUUGGAAGAGGAGUUUACAAAGGCUUCACCAAAUAGUUUGAAAAGAAUACCAGAGUUGCUUCCUCUGUUUCCUCUUCAUUCUUCAACAGAACCCAAUGUCUAAUAUGGACUUAUAAUUUCCUUCUAAUUUCAUCACAAUGUAUGCUGGAUUUGAUUUCCAAUGAUUUCAAGUCGCAGGAAUAUCCAAUUAUAUGUUCUGCCAAUAUUGAUAUAGCAACGAUCCCCAUGUGAAUUAUCCAUUUCAAUUCAUUUCAAUUAACUUUAGUUAAUUGGGUAUGAUGCAAAGAUUUGGAGUUGCAAUUUCAAACCAUGAAACUGUUAAUUCUUAGCCGAUGCUAACUAGAAUUUUUAUACUCUGGAAUUGCUCUGAAAACUUUAGGAAUAUAUAUAUAUAUAUCUUGUCAUAUUAAGUCUCA